AUGGACCCGUUCACCGUCAUCAGUCUCGAAAACGUUUUGCAAUACACUUCACUGGAAACCAGGUAGGAUUUUGCGCUCCAGAGCGCUGAGUGCUUGAGCGCUCAAAAUGCCGCUUGUAUUCUUGAGUUUUAUGAUACUUUUCACAAAAAAAAACUCAAUUUUCUCUUAGAUUUUCCCCCAAUUUCGUCUCAAUUUCAGAAGAGCCAUCGCAAAAAACGUGCCGGCGAUCCGAUGGAUCAACAAAAAGUUGCCCUACCGCUUCGGCACUGUCGUACUGCACCGAUGCGUCCCGAACGGACACUACCGCAUCACUUUCGACACGUGCAAAUGGGAAUUCGACGAUUUCGACAAGCGGAAACAGUUUGCGAGGUUUCCGGAAGACUUUAAAGUCCGCGUUUUCUUUGCUCCGACCGUCUCGGUGAUCGAAUUCACCGAUCCGCUGCUCGCUCAUUUGUUGCAGAGGAGGCGCACGUUUGUGCGGGAGCUCAUUUUGAAGGUGGGUGCUUUUUCGGGGGUUGAAACUUUUUGUACAUGAUCUUGGUACCUAGUACUGUAUUUUUGUAGUUGACCACUUUGAAGAGUACUGUAGCUCUUGGAAGUUACGGCCACUUUUGUGCACUGCAUUUGUGUCCUAACUUCCAAAAGCAACAGUACCCUUCGGAGUGACGGUACAGAAAAGUUGUCAAUUACACAAAUGAUGUACAUGUCUAGUACUGUAUUUUGUACUUGACCGCUUUUUGGUACAACCACUCCGAAGAGUACUGUAGCUUUUGAAAGUUAGGCCUACUUUAGAGCACUGCAUUUGUGUCCCAACUUCCAAGAGCUACAGUACUCUUUGCAGUGACCCUAGAAAAAGACGGUCAACUACACAAAUAUUGUACUAGGUAUGAAAUUUCAACCAAACACGUUUUUGAGUCAAUGACACAUCUCCCAAUCCUACAAUAUCCGUUCGAAACGAACCGCUUUGCAGGACGUGCUCUGCUUCAACGCAUCGAUAAUUCCGGACAACAUUGGCCGCGUCAAAAUCUCCAAUUCCUCCGAUGUCGCCAGUGAUGCGCUCUACAAAACGCUCAACAAGAUGACGCACAGUAAAAUUGGAUGUCUCGAUUUGAAUGUAAAUCGGUGCACCGACGAGCUGAUUGUCGAGUUGGAAGUGAGUUCUUCGGAAUUCGGGCGGAUUUUAAGAGAAUUCCAACAAAUGUGUUGCAGAAACUUGAAACGGAUCACUUGAAAAUAGUGACGAGAUGGUCGAAAGACGAUUUCUGGUGCCGCCUGCCGCCAUUCCGUCUGCUCGAGGCCGAAGAGAAGCACGCAAACAGCGGAAAAGUGUUGAGCGUCACUCGAAAAUUUCUGAGCGGUGACCAUUCGGUCGGCUCCUCCUAUCUCGGUUUCAUGGAGUUGGACAACACGGCGAUUCGGCACUUUCUCGACGAGAUCCGCAACAACGAUCUCCGCUUCGACUGCUAUUUCGAGCGGUAAGUGCGCGUGCGCGCUGUCUAGCGCAAAGUUUAACACGUUUGCAACACUUUCAGACACCCGCACAAAAGAUUGUUGCCGCCGUCGACGAUCUACUGCCGCGGAAUCUUGUACCGACCGAUUGCGAACACGCGCAACGUCGUCGUCGUCAAAUAUUUGAGUGCGGAGCGGCCGCCGAACUUGUACGCGUUCAAAGUCGCCGUCAUCGACGACUGCUGCCUGAAUAUAGAGUCCGAGGAGGACAAGUACGCCAAGUACCUCCACGGCAUCCUCUUCUCCAUCCUCUUCAUCUUCUGUCUCUCCCUUCUCCUCUCUGCUUCUUUCUGCAUGUUCACCCUUGUUUUGCUCCCGGCUCUCCUCCUCCUCUUGCCCAUCUUCAUUCCGAUCAUUGUUCUUCUGUUGGCUCUCAGAAUUUUCGUGUUUUUCGCCAACUUGUUCAAGUCGCUUUUUUCCGGAUUUCUCUAA